CGCGCGCCGGGAGCGCUCAGUCGACCGAGGGAGCCGCACGCUGCAAGCGGCUGGUCAACCUGACCGCAGCUCAGAGGCUGGGGCGGACGGACAGACGCACGCACGCACGCACGGACGGCGUGAGCAGACAGACACCCAGCGGCUGUGAGCUCCGCGCAGGUCCCAGCCUUUCUUGCACCCAGAGGCCGGCAGCAGAACCGUGCCCGGCGGAAUCUCCUGCGCUCCGCCCGCCCCGGCUCUCGUGCCAGCGCCCCGGGGCCGCCGCCUCCAAAGUGAUCGCUGCCUCGUCGUCUCCGCCGGGUCCGGGACCAUGAAGCUGCUGCCGUCGAUGGUGCUGAAGCUCUUUAUGGCUGCAGUGCUCUCGGCGUUGGUGACCGGAGAGAGCCUGGAGCGGCUUCGGAGAGGGCUGGCGGCUGGAACCAGCAACCUGGGCUCUCCUACUGAAUCUACGGACCAGCUGAUGCUCCCGGCAGGCGGCCGGGGCCGGGAAGUCCUGGACUUGGAAGAGGCCAACCUGGACCUUUUCAGAGCUGCUUUCUCCGCUAAACCACAAGCUCUGGCCACACCCAGCAAGGAGGAACGUGGGAAAAGAAAGAAGAAAGGCAAGGGGUUAGGGAAGAAGAGAGACCCGUGUCUUCGGAAAUACAAGGACUUCUGCAUUCACGGAGAAUGCAAAUAUGUGAAGGAGAUCCGGGCUCCAUCUUGUAUCUGCCACCCGGGUUACCACGGAGAGAGGUGCCAUGGGCUGAGCCUACCAGUAGAAAAUCGCUUAUCUACUUAUGACCACACAACCAUCCUGGCUGUGGUGGCCGUGGUGCUGUCGUCUGUCUGUCUGCUCGUCAUCGUGGGGCUUCUCAUGUUUAGGUACCAUAGGAGAGGAGGUUAUGAUGUGGAAAAUGAAGAGAAAGUGAAGUUGGGCAUGACUACUUCCCACUGAGAGACCCGUGCUCAAGGAAUAAGCUGGGGACCGCUACCUCUGAGAAGACGCAAGCUGAUCACAGACUCUACAGAGGGGAAGGACUUCACAACUAGCCAUGAAGACUCCUUUGUUCUCAGUUGCCAUCUAGAUUGGGUCUCCCAUAAUUGCUUUACCAGAGCCUUCAAGUGCCAAACAGAAUAUGUCCAAUGGGAUCUGGGUCAGAAGGAAGCAAAAGUGAGGGACUUUCAUGCACUUCUGACUCUCCUCCACCAAACCCUGCUUGACCCCAUAAAGUUUGUUUAAACACUUAUCUUCUGGAUUAAGAUGCCAGUUAAAUUCCAUAUGCUCCAGGAUCUUUGACUGAAAAAAAGGAGAAGGAGAGGAAGAAGAAAAGAUUUGUGGACUGGAAGAAGGUAAUGAAGAUUGAGAAGCCAUGUACUCAAGUAGUCACCAAGGGAUCUGCCAUUUGGACCCUCCAGCGCUGGAUUUGAUGAGCUAACUGUGAAAUACCACAAGCCUGAGAACUCUGAAUUUUGGGACUUCUACCCAAAUGGAAAAAUAACAACUAUUUUUUUUGUUGUUGUUUGUAAAAUGCCUCUUAAAUUAUAUAUUUAUUUUAUUCUAUGUAUGUUAAUUUAUUUAGUUUUUAACAAUCUAACAAUAAUAUUUCAAGUGCCUAGACUGUUACUUUGGCAAUUUCCUGGCCUUCCGCCCUGCAUUCUCCCACCGCCUGGCUCAGCAUUACCCUCCUCUGCCGCAGAUCUGAGACGGCUCUGCGACCUAUCUGUGGUAAUCUAUCACAUGUCCACAUUUCUGAAGAUGUUCCAUGAUCAGAGUGCCACGGGGAGCGGCCUGUACGGUCAGGAUAUAGGAGUUAACUUUGUCAGAUCCACUCUAUGAGUUGGACUGCAGUCUUGCCUAGGCGAUUUUGUCUACCAUUUUGUGUUUUAAAAGCCCAAGGUGCUGAUGUCAACGUGUAACAGAUAACGCUGUUUCCCCGUGUCCUCUCCCUGCCAGAUCUCAGAAGAGUUUGGGCUUCCAUGCUUGCAGCUUUCCUGGCCCCUCACCCCCUGUAGCCCCAGGCCCACCAAGUGGGAUCUCACUCUCCCUUGUGUCAAGACAUUUCUCUUACUCCUGCCAUUCUUCUGGUGCUACUCCAUGCAGGGGUCAGUGCAGCAGAGGAUAAUCGAGAGAAGGUAUUAGCGAAGAAAAAGGUUGAGGAGGAACAGGAAACGUUGGAGCUGACUGUUCUUGGUAAUUGAUAACCUAUCAAUUGCUGUAGAGAGGUCGGAGGUGAGGAGGACUUUUGGGUAAACCCACCCACCUCACCAAAACUAUGAAUGUAUGCUGUCAUAGUCCCUUCUGGAAGUUUCUGGUGCCAUUUCUGAACUGUUACAAUCUGUAUUUCCAAACCUGGUUCAUAUUUAUACUUUGCAAUUCAAAUAAAGAUAAACCUUACUCUACA